GUCCUGAUGUGCCGGGGGCUCACUGAGCGUCUCCUAGCACAGAGUGUAUGGCUGCUGUGCCUGUGUCCAAGCUGGGCAACUUUUAGGCUUUUAUUUUGAAAGAUUCUGUUAUCUAGUGGGUUUCGGACGUCUCCCAAGUCCUGCCCAGUUUUCCCACAUAGCUCUCUCCAGCCUCAUCCUCCCUUUUGCUCAAUAACUCCGCAAUGAUGAAAUGGCUUCUUGCAACAUCAGCACGCAGAGCUGAAUUCCAGAGCUCGGGGGCGGGGAAGGAGUGCUCAGACACACUGAUCUUAGGAGAAAUACCCCAAAACAGUGUUCAUGGUCAUCCCUCCCAGUACCGGAUCGACACUGUGAAAUGUACACUGCUUUUCUCGGAUUUCUGAAGAAUUUCGCUGGGUAAACACAGUGGGACACAACCUCAGGCUCCCUGGUAGAUUGCGAGCAAACUUCUGACCUAAGUCAGUUGGAAAGAAAAGUUGGAGUCAGCAGAGUUACAAACAAACUGUUCAUGAUGUCAAUCAAAAAGGAAGGUGCCCACAAGAAGUGGGUGGCCCUGAAGGAGAAACUCGGACCCCAGGAGACUGAUCAGUCAGAGGCCAACCUGGAAAAUGCAGAGCCGGAGCUGUGCAUCCGUCUCCUGCAAAUGCCAUCGGUGGUGAACUACUCCGGGCUGAAAAAGCGUCUGGAGAACAGCGACGAUGCCUGGAUGGUCCAGUUCCUGGAGCUGUGUGGGCUGGACCUCCUUCUGGAGGCCCUGGAUAGGCUGUCUGGGCGAGGAGUGGCCAGGAUAUCCGAUGCCUUGCUUCAGCUCACCUGCAUUAGCUGCGUGCGAGCUGUCAUGAACUCCCACAAAGGCAUCGAAUACAUCGUGAGCAACGAGGGCUACGUCAGAAAACUUUUCCAAGCACUUGACACAACUAAUGUCAUGGUCAAAAAGCAAAUAUUCGAGCUCCUGGCUGCGCUGUGCAUUUACUCAUCAGAUGGCCAUGCUUUGGCUCUGGAUGCCUUGGACCAUUACAAGAGUGUGAAGAACCAGCAGUAUCGAUUCAGCAUCAUAAUGAACGAGCUCUCCAACACAGACAACGUGCCAUACAUGGUGACACUGCUGAGUGCUAUCAACGCCAUCAUACUGGGGAAAGAAGAGCUAAGAACAAGGACACAAAUCAGAAACGAAUUCAUAGGGCUUCAGCUGUUGGAUGUUUUAGACAAGCUAAGAGACAUCGAAGAGGAGGAUCUGCUUAUCCAGUGUGAUACAUUUGAGGAAUUCAAGGUAGAAGACGAUGAGGAGUUAUUAAAGAUGUGUGAUGGCAUAAACAUGAAUGAUCAUCAUGAGGUCUUUUCAUCUCUCUUCAAUAAAGUGAGCCGCUCUCCAGUCUCCAUCCAGCUGCUGUCCAUCCUUCAGAGCCUGCUGCACUUGGAACCAUCUCAUCAGUCCAGCCUCCUGCUGUGGGAGUCCUUGGAUGCCGUAGUGAACAGAGCCCUUUUGCUUGCAAAUGACAUUCAAGGGAACACAGUUGAAGAAGUCAUGGAGAGGCUGCUGUCUACCAAGAAACAUCCGAACAAGCAAAAGCGAGCUGAGAACCGGCUGUCUGGGAGUGCAGCUGGAGGCGCCCAGGGUGAGCCAGAGCCAUGUGCACGUGCAGCCCGGGGUCCAGUGGGAUCAUCAAACCCCUCCAAGGCACCGACAGCAUCCUCAGGGCCACUUGCCUGCGAAAAGAAGAUCUCAUCCUGCCAGUUCACAGGCUGCUCUGCUUCGCCAGAGAUGUCUAACCCUCCACAUAACACUGGAUCCACCCCAGCACCUCCACCCCCACCACCUCCGCCCCCACCCUCUGGCACAGUAGCCAUGAACCCCACAUCCCUGAUGACGAAUACACCUCCAGCCCCUCCACUCCCUGGCAUCCCUCCACCCCCACCCCCACUGCCUGCCAUGGAGGGUAUUCCCCCUCCCCCACCCCCUCCAUUGCCUGGCAUGGUGGGCAUCCCACCUCCUCCACCCCCAUUGCCUGGCAUGGGUGGUAUCCCACCUCCUCCACCCCCAUUGCCUGGCAUGGGUGGUAUCCCACCUCCUCCACCCCCAUUGCCUGGCAUGGUGGGCAUCCCUCCUCCCCCACCCCCAUUGCCUGGCAUGGGUGGUCAUCCCUCCCCCUCCCCCUCCUUUGCCUGGCAUGGGUGGCAUCCCACCCCCUCCACCCCUCCUGCCUGGCAUGGCAGGAGAUCACAUAGAAGCUAUGGUGGCCUCCCAGUUCAGCUGCCCUCUUGGCAUGGGCCGGCCUCCCCGCAAGGCGGUGAAGACGCCAACGCUGAGGAUGAAGAAGCUGAACUGGCAGAAGUUGCCCUCUAACGUGGUGAGAGAGAGUCACUCCAUGUGGGCUUCGGUGAGCAGCAGCAGCGAGGAAACUAUAGAACCCAACUACACCAGCAUAGAGCAGCUGUUUUGCUUUCCACAACCAACCCCCAAGGAGAAGACAGCCGCCCCCGUGAAGGCGGAGCCAAAGGAG